AUGAGUAAACUUCCAGUACUCUUCUUAGGUCAUGGCAGCCCAAUGAAUACGCUGUUUCCCAACAAUAAAUAUAAUUUGGAAUUUGCCAGAAUCGUAAAAACAUUUCCAAAGCCGAAAUCAAUCUUGGUCAUAUCAGCGCAUUGGUGCACAAGGAAAACAGAAAUCAUGACAUGGAAGAAUGCUCCAUUAGAAUAUGAUUUCUAUGGUUUCCCACCCGAAUUAUACGAGCUGAAAUAUCCAACCCCCGGUUCUCCAGAAUUAGCAAAAAGAGUUUCAGAAAUUCUUUCUGAUUAUCAUAUCAGAUCACAAGCAAAGCGUGGUUUAGAUCAUGGUGCUUGGUGUAUUUUAAGACACUUAUAUCCAGAUGCUGAUGUUCCUGCAAUUCAGCUUUCCAUUGAUGUAACACUUCCUCCAGAAAAACAUUGGGAAAUUGCUGAAAAACUUAAUGUUUUGAGAGACGAAGGAGUCUUAAUUCUCUGCAGUGGAGAUAUAGUUCAUAAUCUCGGUCAAGUAGAUUUCGAUAGAGUUGAUGAGAUAUAUCAAUACCAAUGGGCAGAUGAAUUCAGAAAUAAGAUCAAUGAAGCAAUAUUGAAGAAAGAUAAAACAACAUUAGUUGAGUUUGAAAAAAUCCGUUAUGCAAGAAUGGCAGUUCCAAAUCCUUCAGAUCACUAUUUGCCACUCAUCUAUGCAAUGGCACAAGCAACAGAGAAGGAUAAGAUUGAAAUAUUCAACGAUGACAUCGUUGGUGGAUCAUUGUCAAUGACAUCUAUAAUGAUUCAUGAAUAA